GGGCAGUGCCUAGGUCCACGGCCCUGAGCUUCUGACUCAAACCAUGCAGCCUGAGACCCCGCGAUGUUACUGGCCGCACGUUUCCACCUUCCUAGCUCCAUUUCCUCGUGAAGUGAGAGGUCUGCAGGAAGCUGUUCCAGUAGCCCGGAGCAGCGGCCAGAGCAGCAGCAACGGUAACAGCAAGAGCAGCACGGGCACCCUCCAAAUUGGGACUCUAGCCCUUUAAAUCUGCUCAGUUACCAAAAAAGAAGAGGCAUCAGACCCUGUUAAUUAAAGCUCGCCCUGGUCCAUCAUUCUGAGGAGCUGCAGUGCUCCGCUCCUUCCUGAUGGCUUAGAGCUUCUCCUUAACUCCCAGCCAUGGAUCUUGGAGAAUUUCCCCCGAGAUCAGCAGGAGAGUCUCAGUGUCUCCGCUGACGUUCCCUUGAUGUGCUCACAAAUCUCUCUGAGAACAUCGCCCUGGACCCCCGAUGCGGCUGCCCGAGCAACCCGGAGAGGGGAAGCCUGAGAAUGAGGAAAAGGGGGGCAGAGGAGCCCCUGGAGGGGGAGAGGAGCCGCCGAGGAGCCAGGCCCCCGACUUCCCCACUUGGGAGAAGAUGCCUUUCCACCAUGUGACCGCUGGCCUGUUGUACAAGGGGAAUUACCUCAACCGCUCUCUCUCUGCUGGCAGCGACAGCGAGCAGCUUGCUAACAUCUCCGUGGAGGAGCUAGAUGAAAUCCGAGAGGCCUUUCGGGUUCUGGACCGAGAUGGGAAUGGCUUCAUCUCCAAGCAGGAGCUGGGAAUGGCCAUGCGCUCUUUGGGGUACAUGCCGAGUGAGGUGGAGCUGGCCAUCAUCAUGCAGCGCCUGGACAUGGACGGGGAUGGCCAGGUGGAUUUUGAUGAAUUCAUGACAAUUCUUGGCCCCAAAUUGGUGUCUUCAGAAGGUCGUGAUGGUUUUCUUGGAAACACAAUAGAUAGCAUAUUCUGGCAGUUCGACAUGCAAAGGAUCACUCUGGAAGAGCUGAAGCACAUCCUCUAUCAUGCCUUCCGGGACCACCUAACAAUGAAGGACAUUGAGAACAUCAUCAUCAAUGAGGAAGAGAGCCUGAAUGAGACCUCGGGGAACUGCCAAACGGAGUUUGAAGGCGGUAGGUACCCCUGCUUCUGCUUCCUUCCUGGUCUGGGAUAGGCCAAUGCCUCCACAUCCUGCAUGAGAAAUGUCUUUCCAGUCUCCUGGGCUGGAGUGGCCUUGUACCGAAGCCAAGAAUCCAGGACUGAGGUUAAAAGAUCCCUUUUGCAAAAAUGCAGUAGGCUUCUUUUCUUCCAUUUUUCCCCCCAAACUCUGCAUUCUUGCAGGACCUCUGUUAACCCUGUCCUUCCUCCAGCAACAGGUCUGUGGUUAGACGUGGCUCUGUGGUGUUUGCCUUUACUUAGUGGGGGCUGCGUGGGGUGGUGGAAAGAGCCUGGUUAGGCUGUCGGUAAACUUGGAUCAAGUCCAGCGGCUAAUCGUAUGACCUUGUCAAGGUGGGUAUCUUCUCUGAGUGUGUUUCCUCAUCUAUAAACAUCAGGAUAAUUACACCUAUCUCACAGGAUCCUUAGGAAUGGAUGACCUCUAUGCUAUGCUCCGUGAAUGCGCUGGUCAAAAGAGCCAUGUUCAUGA